GAAGAAAAUAUGACUGUAACAGAGGAUUUUAGUAGAGUAGAAAAUGCUUACCAAAUGGAAGCAGAGGUCUGUAUUAUAUUCAGCGAUUUUGGAAAAAUGCAGAAUGUUUGCAAUCUACUCAUUGAAAAGUUAGGAACCUCUGUUACCAUCAGUCCACCUCAUUUCUACCAUACACCAGAAGCUGUAGACGCCCUUCGCCGGCAAGUGUGCGUUGCUGCUGUUGGAAACACACGGCGGAAAGCUCAAGAAGUCUGCCGACUGUUUGGCCAGUCAGUGGGAAAACCUUUAUUAAUACGAGAAGAAGAAACAAAAGAAUGGGGAGGCCACAUAGACACUCAUCUGUUGACCUCUCUGGAUUCACUGACUCUGCAGGAAAGAAUCCAGAACGCUACUGCUUAUGCUUCUUGUAGAGUGUUUGCUGUGUUUGAGAUAAAGGGAAAAGAAAACAGAAGAAAUAAGUUGCUCUAGAAACUUUCAAAUCCUACGUAUUUUCUUAAUAAAAUGUUUAUGCUUUCUUAA